AUGGCAAAGGCUCGUACUUCUCUGCGUCAUGCAGAGCACAUUGACGUGCACGAAGACGAAGACGAGGUCAAUGAAGAGCAGGUGGAGGAACAACUGGACGAAAGCAUGGAUCCGCUGGACGAGAGCGGACAGACGGUAGACAGCAGCGACGAAGAGAUCGAGGACUCUGUCCAAGAAGACAUGGCCCGGUUUGAGGAAUCUUUUGUCGGGAUCAGCAAACGUUAUCGACUGAUCAAUCGCAUUGGAGAAGGUACCUUUUCUACUGUGUACAAAGCCGAGGAUCUGGAGUACAACAAGUACAACAACAACUGGGACAUCGACGAGCGUGAAGACCGCAAAUGGGCAUCGCCAGGACACCAACAACGCCUCUCCAAGCGGCCUCACUAUGUGGCCAUCAAGAAGAUAUAUGUCACCAGCAGUCCGAUUCGCGUCUUUAACGAGCUGGAGCUACUCUACGACUUAAGAGGCUCAGAUUCGGUCUGCCCUCUCAUCACUGCCUUCCGACACCUCGAUCAGGUUGUUGCUGUACUGCCCUAUUUUCAACAUCGCGACUUCCGUGACUACUACCGCGACAUGAAGAUCUCAGACAUGCGACUCUACUUCCGUAGCUUGUUCACUGCUCUUGCAUCGGUACACGCCAAGGGUAUCAUUCAUCGAGACAUCAAGCCAACAAACUUCCUCUACAAUACCGCACAGUCCCGUGGAGUGCUGGUCGACUUCGGACUAGCAGAACGCGAGGGUACAGAUUGGCACAACUGUGCCUGUCACCUGUCGGAGGAAGAUCGUCGCCAGAGGAUUACGCACAGUGUCUAUGCACAGACUCAAUCGUCAGGACACAAUGCUUCAAGCUAUCCAAAGAACGACACACGGAACAGCCGUAGGGCCAACCGUGCAGGCACUCGUGGGUUUCGUGCUCCCGAAGUGCUGCUCAAGUGCACUCAACAAACAUGUUCAAUCGAUAUUUGGAGCGUUGGAGUCAUCCUGCUCACUAUGCUGUCCCGUCGCUUCCCAUUCUUCCACAGCGCGGAUGAUAUUGACGCUCUAUUGGAGAUCACCACCAUCUUCGGUCGCAAGAAGAUGAGGGAGACGGCCCUGUUGCAUGGCCAAGUCUUUGAGACCAAUGUUCCCAGCUAUAGUGAGGGUGGGCACACUUUGGAGAAGAUCAUCUUGUGGUGUACUGGUCGAACGGGCGACAAGACCCAGCCAAAGCGAGAAUUGGAAGAGGAAGAGAAGGAGGUUGUGCAGUUCUUAUACCGACUGCUUGAAUGUAACCCAGCGAAGCGCAUCACUGCGGAUGAGGCCCUUCGACAUCCUUUCCUGACUAAGAUGUAUGAGGAGAGUGAGGCCGAUGAGCAUAUAGCCAGUAACGUGGAGGCUUGA